AUGCGAUGCGCGAGCAAGGCCGCCGAGAGCGCGUCCGCACGUCUCUGUGCGGACGCCGAAGCAGAAACCACAGCAACUGAUGUCUCAUUGGUUGCUGAAGCGACUCAGCCUGUGUCACCUGGUGAUGCAGGCGCUGGUCAUGAAGACACUCAUGUCUUCACAGAGUAUGAGCUCGGUGUCUCAUACUCUCCUGAUACGGAAGACGGAUCCGUAUCGACGGCGAUUGAAUCUAAGCCGCCUGCCAAGCGUGGCAUGGAUGAUGCUAUGCAUCGUAGCAUCUUUGGUUCAUCUGAUGAACCAGAUGAACCAUCGCCGAAGCGAAGGCGCUCGAGGUCGCGAGACUCAAGCGCUAACAGUGGUGUCGGUUCUCCUAUGGACGCCACUUCGCAAUGA